AUGGUCACUUGGGCCGCCUUGCUGACGGUAUGCAUAUGGAUACAAACACAGACUGCCUCAGGACAGCACAAAUGUCCUUCUACCUCUCGCACACAGGUGGAUUACUCUGUAAAAUACCCCCUCCCCUACUUCCAGACAGACAAACCCAUUCAAAACAUAGCAGUUAACACGAUCCCCGACCAGCCCGAGGUUUAUGUUGCAAGCCAAAAUGUAAUCGAGGGAGUUAAUUUUACUUUGGGGAAAAUAUGGGAGGUGAAGACUGGACCUGUUGGCAGUGCUGACUGUGAAACCUGUCAGGCGUGUGACAUAGAAACAGAACCUGAAGCUCCAGUGGAUACAGACAAUGAGGUUCUGAUUAUGGAUUUUGCUGUUUACCCUUUUCCGUACUUGUACACUUGUGGGAGUACCCUACAUGGGAUCUGUCAUUUCAUGGAGAUUGACUCAUCAAAACCAGUGCCCAAGUGUUUAUAUAAAAGAGGAAACAACUCUCCAACCUUCUGUCCAGACUGUGUGGCCAGCCCACUUGGCACCACAGUGACUAUAGUGGAACAGGCAUUCAUAUCGCUCUUCUUCGUAGCAGCCUCUGUCAACAGUGAGGUGGCACAGAGGUAUCCCAGGAGGUCGAUAUCAGCCAUGAGGCAGUUUUCUACUGAGGAUGGAUUUGAGGUGGUCAGCAAGGGCCUGACGGUGCUUCCCAGUUUGCAAGACUCCUACAAGAUUGAAUACAUCUACAGCUUCUCCUCCAAGGACUACGUCUACUUCCUGUCUCUGCAGCGAGAAAACCCAUCGAGAAGCAACUCUGCUUUUCAGACUCGUCUAGGUCGACUUCCAGUUGCAACACCAGAGGUGUGGAUGUACAGAGAGGUGGUCUUGGAGUGCAAGUACGAUCCAAAGCGCAGGAGAAGACGGAGAGACGUGUCAAAGGACAUCGUGUACAAUGGGUUACAGGCGGCACACUUAGGGAAAGCAGCGAAAAAGUUGGCUGAUGAGCUGAGGGUGAGCGAAACCGAAGAUAUUCUGUACGGGGUUUUCGCGGAGAUGAACGAGAGCGGUGAACCUCAGAGGAGCUCGGCCUUGUGUGCCUUCCCUUUGACUAGAGUGGACCACGUCAUUGAUGUGGGCGUGGAGGCCUGCUGCAAGUCAGGGCCAGAGCAGCUGUCCAGAGGUCUCUGUCACUUCCAGCCGUGUGAGAGCUGCCCACAUGAGGUGAGUAACUCUUUUUUUAAAUGGUAGAGGAACUGGGCAAAGGUCUCUUUGCACCCAGACAGGAAGUGACCUGUCCAGACAAACAUUGUGUAAUGGAGUACAUGAGAUUGGUUUAUCAUUAAGGGUCCAUUUUAGAUUGGCUUGAGCAGUGGGGGAAACUCAGAAGAAGAGGAAAACAGAAACACUCUUUUAGGGAAAAAAGGGUUAAAGAGGACUUGACUCAACUGGAUUUUUCAUAGUGAAAAUGUUUUUGAAGCGUCAAACUUUCUUCAGGACUUGCACAGAUUUGUCUUUUCCUUUAAAAUCACUGUUCUUCAUCACACACUACACUCUCUACCUCUCUGCAAGAGAUAGUACCUUUGAGACUGCUCAAAGAACACAAAUCCAGACUCCUUACAUAUUGUUCACCUUUGGCAACUCUGCCAAAGGGGUGUGUAAGUGUGUGUAUGUGUGAUUGUGUGUGAGAGAGAGAGAGAGAUGAGAGAACUGGGAGGGGUGGAUGAGUCAGUUGUGUGACCUGAACGUUGCCACACCAUCUUUAUGCUCUGUUAAGUUUCAGCCGAAGAGAACUGAGUAUUUACAGCACUGAGGUUUGAUAUGGAAACUUCAAUCAGAGAUUUUUCCCUCUUUUUCGUUUUCCAAUCAUUAUCAAACACUUCAGCCUCUGGUUGUGAUGAGAAACUUGGUCAGAUAGCUGAAAAAAAAAAACACUCGAGUUCACUUUGAAAACAACCUAAUUGAGAGGAGCAUUCAGCUUUGGCACUCUGCAAAAUAAUAAAGGUGUGGUCUUGUUUCCCUUCAUGGAGUUCAAACUGCGUCCUUUGAGCCCUCACAGCCGUGUGCACACCUCCAGGAAUGUGUGCCAAGAAACACAGUUAUAAAUCCUGCCGAUAAAAAGGUGGAAUUCGAAGGGGAGGGACAGCGUUGGACAGUGCCUGGCUUUUUACGCUUUUGUGUUUGUGCAGAAAAGAGGAAGAGUACUCAAUAGAUGCUGGGAAGCGGAGAGAAUAACAAAUCUGCUUUAUGAAUUAACAGUGAUUAGAGCUGCCAUAAAACAGCCUUAAAGUUAAUGAAGUUUGGUUAAUGCAUUUUGAAACUGGGUUUAUUUUGAGAUAAUCCUGAAAUGCAUGUGAGUUCAAAGAUCAAAAGAAGAGAGAAUAAGGCAUAGAAAUAGUGGCGAGCACAAAGGGACAUGCUGAGGCAGGUCGGCUAAAUUGCCCUGGGAAUGUUUACAAGGAAAGUUUACCGUAUGUUAAACUUUUUCUUCUCUGAAUAAUUACACUUUAUUAACAGAAGGGACUCAUCCACACACAUCUGUCAGCUUCUAUAAGAUGUGUGAGUUAAGUGUGGAAAGUCCGUUUUUUCAGUGGUUGACAGUCACUGCCAUAAAAAAGAAAAAACAGUUACUAACUCAACAUGCAAAGCUGAAGUCACUGCUGUUUUAUGACCUCACAGCUUGUUACUUUGACUCCAAGCAAAGCUGAACCACUUCCUCCCUUUGAAGAGUGAAUUAAGACCGUCUCUCUUCGCUCAUUUCCCCUCCAGCACAAGUACAUGCAUGUUGUUUAUGAGUGUGGAGAUGCACAGAGGCCGAAGCUUCUGGUCUUCUAUGCAAAUGUUGUCGCCGCUCCUGCCUAACACGCUUGUUUUGUUCGUUUUUCUUUCCUCCAGAGUUCUGAAGGUAACGUCACAUGCACCGCCAAACCCACUCUGGUGUCAAAACCGUACAACAGACUGGACUUCUUCAACAGGCAGAUGAGCGACGUCCUUUUCACUUCUGUCCUGGUCACGACUAUCGGGGAUCAGACCAUUGGUCACAUUGGUACUUCAGAUGGACAGAUACUGCAGGUAGAAAAAUGCCUGAGGAUAAAAAAAGUAGAAUCCAAGUACUGAUGAAACAAAAGUAUCUCAAGUUUUGUUCGGUACUUAUAAGUAGGGGUGUCUUGAUACAACUUUUUCACCUCCUAUACGUUUCAAAUAUUGUAGGCUUCAAUAUUGGCUGAUACUGAUAUUGAUCUGAUAUUAGCACAAACUUGUGCAAGACAAGUUUUGCACUCAGCUGCAACGUCUUUGACUCCAGAACGACUUUGAUGAAAAAUACUGCCACAGGGCCGACAUAACUCCUACUCCUUUGUACUUUGUUAGUACCGCAGUCUAACCUGUCGUUGUGAUCACGUGGGCUGUACUUGCUGGAUCAAAGCGCUGAUAGAUAGAGGUGCUGAAGCGGAGUCUGGAAUGGACUGCUUAUAUCUGAGAUUUUAGAUGCAGGCUGAUAUAAUCUGAUAUUCAAUUUUUGCUGAUAUCAGCCAAUAUCCAAUAUCAAUGUCAUAUCGGGACAUCCCAACUUAUGAGCCUUGCAUGAUUUGUGCAUGUUAACUGACAAAAAAAUGAUGUGCAAGUGUCUCCUGAAGAGUAUUUCCCACAUUACCUCUUUGCUUUGUCGUUUCUAGGUGAUUCUCAGUAUGAACACACCGAUUGUUUUUGCCAACUAUUCCCUCGAUGGAUCGGCAGUGUCUCGGACCGCAGCUGUGUACUCAGAAGAUUCGCUUCUCUUCGUAGUUGGGAAUAAGGUAAAAUAGGAGGAAUAGAAUCUAGAUAUUUCCUACCUUGUAAACUUAAAGGUGCAGGGUAUAGAAAUGGGAAUACCUAGAUUUUACAUUAAAACACAUUUCUAUUCCCCCCAGCUUUUGUUGGUAAAACUCCAAUCUGAGCCAAAUAUCAGGCAAUAGCAUACCCUUGUUUUUUACACCUCUCUUAUUGACUGUUUUGUCUUUUUCCAGAUGUUCAAGGUGCCCUCUGCAGGACCAGGGUGUGCACAUUUUACAACAUGCUCCAAAUGUUUGACGGCUCCGCUCUUCAUGAACUGUGGCUGGUGUUCGGGAACUUGCUUGAGGCAGCAUGAGUGUUCCUCACAGUGGAACAAAAACUCUUGUGCACCUGUUAUAACAGAGGUAGAUCUUCUGGUGAUAAGCCACUGAAUGAAGUUAACCAAUCAUGAUCACUGAGUUGCAUUGAUUGUAUUUUGAUGCUGUAUUUUGAUCGCUUUCACCUUUUUUUUCGGUGCAGUUUUUCCCUAAAACUGCUCCUGCUGGCGGUGAGACGGAGGUGACACUGGUGGUUGGGAGUUUCUGUCUCCUUGGCCUUUAGCAGUCGCCAGUAGUGACACCCACAUUAUCUCAGUGAGCAAUGGGACCUUCUGCACUGUCCUUCCUGAGAGGAGCAGCAGUAAAAAGUGAGUGGCAGAUUCAAUAAUAAAUUCUGGUUUAUCAAAACUUGUCCUCCAGCAUCAGACCCUUCACUCCUAUUACUAUUUUUCAGACCUGUCCCCUUUUUUAGUUGUAGCAUUUAUAAAUAAGAUAUUUCACUCAGAUUUUUUAUUUUGUCUGACAGAUGUAGCUGAGAAGUCUCUAAAUCAAGUUUCGUAUUUCCCUCAUACCAAUCAUUAGGAUUAUAUAAAAUAUAAUUUUCAGCUAGUUUCCUUUUUUAUUACUCUGAUUUAUUUUUCACUCCAAAGAGCAGGAAAUCCAAAACUAUGGCUUUACCAGCAUCCUGAAAUCAUUCAGGCGAGACAGUACGUGGCAGCUGACAGUCAAACAGAGGGUGUCUACAAACAUACUUUCUGCAUACAUCACCUUUAACAAAAGUUAGUGGAUAUAUUGGGAUUGAUUGGUUGAGCAACAUGUUCAGGAAUUCAAAAUCCAACAAAGCUGUACAAACAGGCCUCUAAAGGAAAAGUGUACCUGCAUGAGAUGUGCUCAAGCAGACCCAAAGUCACAAGACCUUCAAGUAAACAUAUGAUAGAAAUUUAUCUAAAAGAAACAGUGUUGUCAGACUUCUUUGUAUCAUUAAGUUUUAAUAUUAAGAGAAACUCAUAGACUGUAUAUAGAAUGGCCGCCGUCUGCCUCCUUGCAGGGUAAAGCCAGUGAAAACAGCACCCUCUGGUGACGGGCUGCAGUAUAGGUCAUAAAUCCUGCCUCCUCCAACAAUCCCUAUGGAGCUGUGGACAAACUUUAGAAAUUAAUUGCACAGAAUAUACAUUUUUCUCACCCCUAAUUGCGAUGUUGACAUGGAGUUACUUUAAGACUGGUUUGAGCUCAAGUCCUCUUUUUUCUGUACAGCUCCAUUUUUAAAAGUUAUUAUGAUUGACACUUGAUACAGCCUAUGAACGUAUGAAGAUUGUGCAGCAGAUACACUGUUUGAGCCGAGUGUCAUCACAGCGACUCUAGCGCCGAAUGCGUACAAUGCUACAGCGUAAUGUCGAUUUCAGGAAGUGGAGAAAAAACCCUGAAAUACUGAGAGCUUUUCGGCUUCAAAUCCGUAUACAGGCGGGAGGCGUAACCAAGUUGUCCAUAGUAUAAACAGUCUAUGGAGAAAUUUAAACGAUCUGAGUCUGCAAUCAGACUAAUGUGAUGUAAAUGCACUUAUGCCUUACUGUCAUGGUUAUAGCAUUUAGAUUUUGUUUUAACAUCUCUUCAUUUGCUAAUGUUCUCUUCUGUCAGACAAAACCCUACCCCAGAGGAAAGCUUCAUCUAUUCCUUAUUGUGUCUUUAAUACAGACUGGUGUGCAGGACUAAAGAGAUCAGUCCAAACAACAACCUCACCAUCACUCUGUACGUGCAGGAGAGAGAGGGGCAGAGCAGAUACUCCAUCGAUGGUACCGCGGAAAUGUCUGGUUUCUCUGUUGUGGUGAGAGAGAGCUCACGGUUUAAGCAAUUUAAACCAAUCAAGUAUAUUUUUGGUAACAUUCUAUAUAACUAUAUAUUGCUAUAUGUGUAUAUUUUACUUUGAUGUCAUCAGGAGCCAAGCAUAACAGAGAUCCGGCCUGACUUUGGACCCGUGUUUGGAGGAACAACGGUUACACUGACAGGCAGAUACCUCGACUCUGGCAUCAAGAGAGAAGUCUUCUUCGCUGACAAAAAGUGCAACAUUCAAAAGUAAGAGACUCAGCCGACUUUUUUGACUGUUUUUUAGAACAUGACAGGUAAAAAUAUUCAAUGACUUCAAAAUUGUACUGUGUUGUUAGAUAUUUUAAAAUUGUCCACAUUCAGUGAUCUUGACAGCUACUCUUUUCAGUGUCUCUACAGGUAAUGGGGGUUUAUCUUCAAUCGUCUGCACCACAGCCUCUGCAGCAGGUGUGGGGACUGUACCUGUAAAAGUUAUCAUCGACAAAUUCGAGGUGGAAACCACCAAGACAUUCCUCUACAAGGAAAACCCUGUCAUAACCAAAGUGGAUCCUCUCUGCAGUUUCCAAGGGUACGACACAACCACCGAGCUACGUCAAUUUCUAAAAUACCUAUCAUACCUAUUAUAUUAGUUAAUACUUUUAUUGGAAACUUCCCUUUUCUAUGCAGUGGCUCUAAGAUGGUGGUACAAGGUCAGAAUCUUGAUUCUGCACAUAAAACUGUGAUCCAGUACACUUCAAAAUCAUCCCAUGUCCAGCCUUAUCAACGUGUAAGUUUACUCUGAUUGCUUCUUAUGUGUGAAAUUUAUAAGAUUUAUAAGUAUAAAUGAUCUACUUAAAUAAGAUCAAUUAUUUAAAAGGGCGAAGUAAGAUAAAUGCAAAAAGAGAGAUUGAGAAUGGUCGGCUUGUGCUUCAUCUCCAGUUGAAAGUUGCUUUUUUAUUACACCAGACUAUCAAACCAGUUUUGAUUUCAAACAAUAUUUCCCCUCAGGUCUGCAGCGGUACAAAGAAUGCAACACAUAUGGUGUGCUGGGCCCCUGCUUUUCCUGAGGAAAUGCCUGAAGAUAAGUCAGAGACAGGAGAGAUUUCUAUUCACAUGGAUGGAAAGAGGAUUUUCUUGAGGAAACGCUUCGACUAUCACCCCAAUGUCAAAGUUAUUCCAUUUGAAAAUGAUGAUCAUUUAUUACCUCUAAAACCAGGAGAAACAGAGGUUUCACUCCAUGUACGUUUACACAGUGACAGUCCUUUACACCCACUGUAUUUAUGUAACUAAGAUGUUAAAUUAACAUCAAAUUAAAACUUGUACAAUGCUAAUAUGAAUAGCUGUGCUAUCCUCACCAUUAGUUAAAGGGAUAUUCUGGCCUAAAUUUCAGUUAGGGUCAAACACACCGUAACACUGAGUUAAACACCCCCUCGAGAGAUGAAUGUUGCCGACCGCUUGCUUAUCUAGUUAUACAAACUUUAGUAAUGACCGCAUGAUAGCAAUACAGAGAGCCACGCGCUCAACAAAAAAGCCACUCUAUAGCCAUAAAUAAUGCUCAGAACAGCACCUAACUUCAUCAAUAGUACAUAUAGGGUCCCAGCUGUAGUACUAGCCACCAAACAUCUUUUUAACUUUGCCUAAUUUCUUUAGCAGAGAGACUAAACACAACUCAUCCACUCUUCUCCAGCAGCCUCUUGUUUGUUGAUUAAGCCCUGACGAGUCGAUCACCGAGUGCAGUGGAGUUUCGUAGCCCAAGGAAGAACAUUUAUGAUUUUUACUUCUUGGAAAUGUAAUCAGACCGAGACACUAAGGCAGAAGAACUACCGUGUCUGCAGUGCAAAAUUAUUAAUAUGAUAAUUAUCAUGGAAAUGAUCCGCUGCACUCCUUGAUACUUGAUUUGUCAGGGCUCCCCCACAAACAGGCGGCUGCUGGAAGAGAGUGAGUGAGUUGUGUUUAGUCUCUUUGCUACAGAAACCAGGCAAAGCUAAAAAGAUGUUUGAUGGCUAGUACUAUGACUGGGACCCUAUAUGUUCUGUUGAUGAAGUUAGGUGCUGUUCUGAGCAUUAUUUGUGGCUAUAGAGUGGCGUUUUUUUUUGCAUGCGGAAAUGUAGACCGCUGUUUAUUGCUAUCGUGCGGUCAUUGCUGAUGUUGGUAUAACUAGAGAAACAAGCAGUCGGCAACAUUCAUCUCUCGAGGAGGUGUCUAACUCGGUGUAACGGUGUGUUUGACCAUAACUUAAAUUUACCCCAGAAUAUCCCUUUAAGUAAAAAAGGUACCCAACUUACAAAUUUCCUUUCUGUCUUGCAUAUUUUACAGCAUAGUAAACUCAAUACAGUGAGCACAUGCAUGAAAAUCAUUAUGACCAUUGGUGGCGUGAACUGCAAUGCCCAGGUUCUUCUCAAUGAACUGACCUGCAGGGUUCCCAAAGGGCUUGUUAUUCCCAGUGAAGGACUGCCUGUCAAGGUGAGAGAGACUGUUUCAAAAUCACCAAUAUUAACAAACACCACUUAGGAAAACUGAUGCAGAGUAAAACAAGCUGUACCAUCUGCUCCACUCCUGUAGGUGUCUGUGAAUGGGGAAGUUUACGACGUGGGUACAGUGGUAAACAGUGACACCAGCCAGACCAGUGUGAUCAUUGGAAUAGUUCUUGGCAUCCUGGCUGCUUUGGUAGCAGGUGCUGGGCUCGCACUAGUGGUGAUGAUUAAUCUGAGGAAGAAAAAGAGAGGUAAGAAAUAGCUGUGAUUUACAACUUCUACAGGAACGUUGCAAAUACUAGUUUGAUUUUUUCAAUGUUAUAACACAUUUUCCUCUGUUUACUCUUUGCUUUUUUCCCACUCAGUCAUCUGUGUUUUGUGAUAAUAUAUUUUUCAUUUUCAGCUGAAAUAGAGAAUCGUUUAUCAACAAUGCUCUCUGUGAACCGCUCAAACAACAGCCAAAACUCCUCUCCAACAGGUGACUAUAGGCGAGGUGAGACACCUGAAUUUAUGUACUAUUGAAUCUCUUUUAAAGCUAUGUCUCCUGUAGCCAGUUAUUUUUCUCUUUAUCUUCCCUUUACUUCAUCCUUUCACUUCACAUGGAUCCUAUAAAUUAUUAUGUUGCUGCUCGGCCCGACCCUGUGCAUGUUUUUUCUUAUUUCAGACAUGUAACUGGUCAAGAUCACUAUGUACUGUAUAUACGAUUAUAAUGCAUGGAAUAAUAAAAGUGUAGAAUUUGUAUGCAAAUUUAUAUAAUAAUAAAACAACAUCAACAGAGAAAUAUCCACGUUAUCUAAUUCUGGGCAUCUGCCAUUGAAACAAUGAUAAUGGUCGACUGCUGCUUAAACAUUAAGUGAGUUUCUCCUGGUUUGUUCCAGUUGAUCUGACCCAUCAAACUUCAGGUUCAGGAAUGGCUUUCCAAGGGUUGCUGUACGCUGCCAGCUAUGAUCAUUUGUCCAUCCCUCUGAUGCCACGGGACAACGUCUCCAUGGUCAGUCUGAGUUCUGAUCUUCUCGAAGAAGUCAAAGACGUCCUGAUCCCUGCUGACAUGCUCAGGAUAGAGGACAGUCAGAUUAUCGGCAAAGGUGAAUUUAGUGCAUUUUUAGACAUUUUUGUUUGACUUUGGUUUUUCUCAUCAAGUAUUAAAGAAAAAGCACAUUUCCCUCUCAUUCAUGCAGGUCAUUUUGGAACAGUUUAUCACGGGUACCUAAUAGACAGCAAUAAGCAAGAGACCCACUGUGCCGUCAAAUCAUUAAACAGUAUGUGAAUCCUCAUUUCACUGUUUAAAUCAUCACUGUAUUCUAUAUGUACAUGUUCACAGUAUAUGUUGUGCUGACAGGGAUCACAGAUUUGGGGGAGGUGGACCAGUUUCUCAGAGAGGGCAUCAUCAUGAAAGGUUUUCACCAUCCAAACAUACUGUCCCUGCUGGGCAUCAUGCUUCCUAAAGAGGGGCUCCCUCUAGUGGUGCUUCCUUAUAUGAAGCAUGGGGAUGUACGGCAUUUCAUCCGCUCUGAGAAGAGGGUAAAGUACACAACAAAUCUAAGACCCGUAGAUCAUAAAUAUUUGCAUUGUUGAGUUUUUUUUAACUACUUCAGAUCAUCGGCUUCGUAGGGGUUAAGCUCUGUUAAAUAUCCUCCCCAGAACCCGACUGUGAAAGACCUGGUUGGCUUUGGACUCCAGGUGGCUAAGGGUAUGGACUAUUUAGCCCAGAAGAAGUUUGUCCACAGAGACCUGGCUGCACGUAACUGCAUGUGAGUGUGAAUAAUUAAAUAUAAUAAUAAUAAUAAUAAUAAUAAUAAUAAUAAUAAUAAUAAUAAUAAUAAGCUUAAUACUACCACCUCCAAUUUGAGCACUGACAUCAGUAGAAAAGCUUUGUAAAUCCAUGUGAUGUCCUUUUAACUUUCUUUUCUUAUGCUGCUUUUGCUGUUCAUGGAUGUCUUCAAGACUGAUUUAAAAUAUGAAGCAUGGCGCAUUGUUUUACUUUCUUAAAAGUAUUAGUGGUUCUUAACUGGUCUCACUCUGGGACCCACAUUUUCCCAUGGUCCUUAAGUCAUCACCCACUUGUCUCGAAUUCAAACCAAGCAAAUUUAUUUUUUUAAUAAAAAAAACCUUUAAAGGCUCAAAUCUUUAACAUAAAUACACCCAUUUUAUUGAGUAAAGUGCAUUUCAGAGCACAUGAACUGAGGACGACAACUACAAUGUGGUAAAACGCACAGAAAGCUUCCUCUUGUUUGGAGCAAGCUGCUGUCAGACACUUCUGUGAAGUCCACAGCUUCUGGGGUCGUCUCUGAAAAAACUCCACUGCCUUGUCUUUAUAUGCGGGAUGUUUUGUUUCCAAUUGGCACUACAGUUUGGAUAGUUUCAUGCUCUCACUUGCAAGCACCUCGCUACAUAUUACACAUUGGGGUUUGUGUCCCUUAUUAUCCUUGAUGAACAAAAAUCCACAUUUCAAAUAGCCUGGGUCGUAUUUAGGCUUUGCCAUCUUACCUCCUCCUCGCAACACAAACUGAGCGUCGAGUUAAUGGUUGUUACCUUGGCUACCAAGCCUAUGACAUGUCAAACAUCAGUUGGCAUUUAAUAUUUAUUUUUUUGACAAGCUGUACGCGACCCAUCCAGAACGUGUCCGCGCCCCACUUUUGGGGCGGGACCCACCAGUUGAGAACCACUGCUGUAGAUGACUCCAGGAUUUAUUGUAGCAUGGCUUGAUAAGAAGUUCUGUCGUUUCAGGCUGGAUGAAACCUUCACCGUGAAGGUUGCUGACUUUGGGAUGGCGAGGGACGUCUAUGACAAAGAGUACUACAGCAUUCAGGAUCAUAAACGGGCGAAGCUGCCGGUGAAGUGGAUGGCUAUAGAAAGUCUUCAAACACAAAAGUUCACUACAAAGUCUGAUGUGGUGAGUAUAUGUUCACCUGCAUGCUAAAUUCAGGCUUGUUACUCCUGCUAUGCAUGUAUCUACAAAACUUAUUUCUAUGUUUCCUAGUGGUCCUAUGGCAUCUUAAUGUGGGAGCUGCUGACCAGAGGUGCGAGCCCGUAUCCAAAUGUGGACCCUUAUGACAUUACACACUACUUGUUGAAGGGACGCCGGCUUCCUCAGCCUCAGUUUUGUCCUGACACUCUGUAAGAUUCACACACAAUCACAAAACAAUUUUGUUAACCCUUUAGGAGACUUCAGUGUCUUCAUCUUCCUCUUUCCCGUUUCUCCAUCCUACAGUUACUCUAUCAUGCUGACAUGUUGGGACCCAGAGCCUGAAUUCAGACCGAGCUUUAGCAGCCUGAUGUCAGAAGUACAUCACAUCCUGUCCUGUCUGGAAGGAGAGCACUACAUCAGUCUGAAAGUGAACUACGUCAACUUAGACCAGCCGAGGCCGUACCCAUCCCUGACCGAAUCUGCAGAUGAGGCUGAGGCCUCGGACUCUGAGACAGACAAUCAUUCUGCCAGCUGAGGGUUUUAAGACCGAUCUGAAGUUGGACAAAACAAACAAAAAGCCCCGACUUAGCCUGGAUCUAUUUAUACAUUUCAGAGAACGCAGAUGCACGAGAUGCUGACUUUUAUGACACUGUAGAGGCUGCAAACACUUAAGUGGAAUGGAGACAAAAUCAAGCUGGAAGUCCUCCGUUCUUCUUCUUCUCUUAAUUUUUUUACAUUUUCUGUACUCCUGAUUCUUGGUGGAUCGCAGGGAGCUGGAACCAUUCCUUGCAGGGAGCUGACAGAGAUGGCGUCACCCACUUUCAUGUUGCAGGCACAAGGUUUGAACCCAGAACCCUUUCGCUGUGGGGAAACAGCGCCCAUCAAUAACCGCUGAAAGUGUUUAUUUAUGCCAUGAGAGAGAUAGCGUGUUGAGAAAGUGAGUGAGUGUUUGUGUGUUCCAACAUCUGAAGCACACGUGCAUGUGACAAAUUGAAUGUAAUAUGUGCUUUUUGUUCUCAUAUUUGUUCAAUAAGAUGUAGGGUUACAUGAGACUAUAUUGCUGUUAUAUAAGUUUAUGUCUCUAGGCCAUUAUAUAAGACUCUUGGAUAAAAGGUCUAUAAAUGCUGAUGCUGAUAUGUGCUCAGGGUCGACAGUUUUUUCACGUUUUUCUUGCUUUUUCGGGAUAUCGUCUCUCCAGUCAGAAUGUUCCCUCGACAUGAGUGGCUGUGGACUCGUCAUACUGGUUACAGAAUCACUUGGUUGACUCUGGUUUUAAAGUACAGACACUCAGAAGCUCGGCAGCCAGUGGAUUCAUUUUGUUUGGAUAUUCACAGUCUCACUGAAACAAGUGGAGUUCCUCUCUCGGUCACUAGAGGGCGACUAAUGUCCUUUUCUAGCAUCUGCUGCUGCAAUGAUGCUCUGCACGACAGCAGCCAGCUUUCCACAAAGGUGUUAUGCAAACAACACACCUAGAAUUAUCAGAACAAACUACGUCAGUGUGUCUUUGUGUUCAUGCAACCUAGUUUGCAUCAAGUCUGUGUUUUUCUGCAUUAUGAUCUCCAUGACCGAGUUAACCCGAGGAUGCUAGGAUUGAUGUGCUGUUUUUUUUCCCCCCUAACUUUUAAAACUGACAAGAAUAUUUCAAAAUGACCAACAGGCUUUCUACCUUUUACACCUUUUUUCUUGCUCCAUGUUCCUUUCUCUCUCAGAAGACAGCCAAAUGUCAUAUUUCCUUUCUCUAUAUUGCACUGAAAGUUUUGUAAAAACGAUAAUUGAUUGUUAAUACUUGUUGUUGAAGAGUGUUUAACAACUACAGUCGCCUGUUUUCGAAUUAAAACUACUUGAAGAGUGGUCUUUCGUAGUAUUUUUGUGGGGUGUGUUGCUGUACAUAUGCAGAUCACUACAGCAAGCAAUAGCACAGUUUUUGAUGAAAGCGAAUCACCAAAGAAAAAAAGAUGCUGAAUGCAAUGACACUGGUCUGAGGUAGGGCAGCUCAUGUUCUCUACCAGAUGGAAGAACAAAAAAACCAAGUAUAACUUUACAGGUCUGAUAAUCAACCCAAAUAAAACGUCAUGCCUCUGCCAAAUCUGUGUACCUGUGUCUGUAAUACUCUAAAUCAGUUAUGGAUCCAUAAAGAGUUUUUGGUAAAACUUUACUUGACGCCUAUCUCUUUAACGCAUUAUAAAUAUAUGUAUAAUGGGUUAUAAUCAUGUUACAGCACUGUAGAACUAUAGUUAUAAACACUCAUAAAUGAUCAUAAUGCUUUAUAGCAAUAAUCAUAACACAUUAUAAAGCAUUUUAUCAUGAAUUACAAAGUCAGGUAUUAUAAUGUGUUAUAACUGUUAUCAACUUACUGACAAUGCCCACAUAGAUAAUGCAUGGUACAUAUAUUUAUGAUGUGUUAUAAUUAACUUAUAAACUUGUAGAACUAUCAUUAUAAACACUCAUAAAUUACCAUAAUGCUUUAUAACAAUAAGCAUAACACAUCAUAACACCUGACCUUGUAAGUCAUGAUUAAAUGUGUUAUAAUGUGUUAUGAUUAUUGCUAUAAAGUAUGAUGAUCAUUUAUGAGUGUUUAUAACUAUAGUUAUACAGUACUAUAACAUGAUUAUAACAAAUUAUACAUAUAUUUAUAAUGCAUUAUAUAGACAGACAUCAAAUAAAGUGUUACUGAGAUUUUUUUGUUCCUUUGCCUUCUGAUCCUGAAAAUGUGGCAGUAAUAAUGACGAGCUCUGGAUGUGUGCCGAUAGAGGUUUAGGAUUUGAAAAUGAGGCGUUCUCUUUAAUUAUUUUCCCUAUGAGACAAUCAUCCUAUUGGAGUUUUUCCUUCAUUUGAAUUAUUCAGGAGCGAGUACAGUGUGUAAUGCGCUUCAGUGAUCCAGUAAUAAAACAGGUUUAUUCCAUAAGGUUUUGUAUUUUUAUCCUAAAUGAUGAAGAGCUCAGAGGAAUGAGAAGGAAAGAGAUGAAGGUAAGGAUAGAAAAAAAACAGCUGCAUAUGAACCCACAGUGAGGGAAAGACACACUUUGUACCUAUACCUCAGCUUCCAGACGAUUGAGGUUGCUCUUUUUAGUGCCAUCAAAGUUCCUACCUUUCGUCAAUAACCAAAAGUCUUUAAACAAAGUGACGGAUUUAUUCUCUUAACUCUGUUUGAUGAAAAUUUGCAGUAUUUUUAUGUGGUUGACUUGUCUGUGUGGCUUCUGAGACUAUGUGAGUCUGUUACUGUUCAAAAAAGACUUUGGCACCGGAUGAAGACACAAGGAUUGAAGUCCAAACUGUGAAAUUAAAGUAAAAAACUGGCAUCUGCUAAACUGUGUUGAAAAAUAACAUGGUGGCAGUAGAGGGUUCUGGGACCAAUGUUAAAAUGAAUUGUUUGGACUGUGUUGAAAAAGCCGCUGGCAGCUUUCUUCGCUGUUAAAUGUUUCACUUCAGCUUCUUUUUUGGUGGGACUUUGACUCACUCCAAGUCACGGCCACACAUCCAUUAAAUAAUCAAUCCUCAAUCUAUGAAAAAUGUCAAGUAAACAGAGUGCAUGGUGGUAUAGAUUUUGAAAGUACUUCUUCAUUUUUAGCCAUAAAAGACUUAAACUCAAUGAGUUGCCACUCUGUUUUCUGUCUUCAUGCCACUUCGAAAUAUGUCAUCGCCCGUAUAAGAGCCACCCUGGAGACCGAAGUCUAGGUAUGCCCCUGCUUGGUAGGCACACAUUAACAAGGACAAAACAGAGACGGACUCUUCUUGACCUGGUAAAGGUUAAGCUCUGAGAUACAGGAUACUACACUUCCCAUAAUGCAGCAUCAAAGCACCUUUCAUUUGAUUCUGAUUGUGUAUUUUCCUUCGCUGAUACACUUCCAACUAAGCAAUAGACGACAAUUAGACGUCUAGUUUUUUUUAAGACCUUAUUUUAACUGUCUAGAUUUUGUAUAUUUUUAACUGUGAGUUGCAUAACUGAUCUCCAAGUACUUAACCACAAUAACCAAAAUAAAUAUAAUAGCCGUUGAGCAAUAUACAGUUAGACCUCUGUUAGCUGGCUAGCCUAAACUUGGACUAAAUUUAGACAACUAAAAAACUUUCAUUUGUAGACCUGUAGUAGCCUGAUUUUAGACCAGUCAUCUAGGCUACAUUUAGACGUCUAUUAGACCUCUUUUAGAUCCAAAAAUGUUCAGUGGGUUCAAAUGUGUGACAAACAUUGAAUUUUUGCAUUCUCUUGAAUCAUUUUCCUACAUAUGCUGAACAUUGAUGUAAGACUCCGUUUCUAAAGAUAUGCUUCACAGUGCUCAUGUAUGAUCCUGCCUGAUUCUAGACAUGGUUGUUUAUUGUUGAAUAACAGUUUUAAAGUCUUAAAUCGGUGACACUUUACAAUAAGGUACACAUAAAUUACUGUAGUUCAUGAGGAACUAAUCAAGAACUAAUGAGGAGCUAAUGAGUAGUUACUGAGGAACUGAGGUACAAAGACUUAGGGUGUAGUUAUUGAGGAACUAAAAAUUAACUAUUAGUUAAUGGUCAGUUCUUCAGGAACUCCUGACCAAAUUUCAAAGGAGUAGUUAAUGAGAAACUAAUAAUGAACUCAUGGAGAGGAUGUGCCAGGUUGUCUGGGACAGGAUGCAUGGCCAUGAUGACGUGAUGAUUGAGUACUUAUAAAUUAGUCCUUAUGAUGUCUUACUUUACUUUAAGGUACACAAAAAAAGGUAGGUAAUGAUUAAGUAAUAGUUCGUUCCUCAAUGACUAAUUUUUUCCUCGUUAGUUUCUUUUUAGGUUCCUCAUUUGCUCCUUAGUAACUAUUCAUUAGUUCUUCACUAACAACUCCUCUGAUAUUUGAUCAGAGGUGACUGAAACUCUGACCAUUAAUACUUGAUCUUGAUACUUGUUACUUGAUCGUUAUUUCCUCACUAACUACUUCUCUGAAACUUAAUCAGGGGUUACUGAGGAACUGAUCAUUAACUAAUAUCAUUACUUCCUCAGUAACUACUUUAAUUUUGUGUGUCUUAGUUCCUUAGUAACUACUCAUUAGUUCCUCAUUAGCUCAUCAUUACUUCUUCAGUAACUAUUGUAUAUUUGUGUAACUUAUUGUAAAGUGUUACCCUUAAAUCAUAUUUGGGUUCAGUUUCUCACUUGACUCUAGACUAAGGCAUUCUUGCUUAUCCUUUUAAUGGCCUUUAAAAUGCUUGUAUGAACAAUACUCAAAAGCAAAACAGUACAAAAGAUACAUGUGUUUGACUUUGAAUAAUAUUAGGGCAGGAAUGUGAUCAAAACAUCGAUUCCAGAUCGUGCAGAAAACAUCACAAGGGUUAGUUUCUGAGAAUUUAAAACACUCGUUCUGCAGACAUCACACCCUUGUUUUCACAGGCUGAAUUCUCUUCAGGCGAUGUUCAGUCUUUAAAAUUAAAAUUCAUCUUCAAAGAAAUCUGUGUCUGAAAGCACAGCUGAAUAACUGGUGGUGAUUGAACGAUUUGUCUUUGAAUAAGCUUACAGUUACACUGACACACACAAACAUGCAGCUCUCCAUCCAAACCCAGCAGCAGUGAGGAAAAAUAUCUGCACCGAACAAGCAGAGAGCAGAUCCCCAAAGUGU